GACUUACACAAGUUUUUUUCUUUAUACAUUGUAUCAAACAAGGUUGGAAGAAAAAAAAAUCUCAGAAAAUUUCCUAUUUCUUAUACCACUUAAGGUUUAACCCUUGAGUUCACAUAUAGCGUGCAAAGAGUAUAAAUUAUCUUACCAAUUUGUCGAUAUCCUAUAAUUCUGACCGACCAAAAUUAUAACGCGACAGAUGUUCAUAAAUUAGUAUGAGCACUUGUAUUUCAAUCGAUUUUUACCCGAAGGUACCGUGCUACCUUGGACAAUUUAAAGUAAUUGUAUGUAAUUUUCUCUACUUAUAAUGUUAUAAGCUUCUUGGAAACGAAUGAACAAUGUUUCAUUUCUUCUGUGACAUUAAUAUCUUCAACUAUUCUCAAGACCAAAAGCCUAUAGGGAAUAGCUAUCGGUUGAUGACUCCUUGGUGAUACUGAAAUAAAUUUAUAUCGGUCUUAAAUUAAUUUAUAAAUUGAUAUUAAAAUGUUUAAUGAUCAAUCAACAACGUUUGAUUUUGUAUCAUUUGAAAGUUUUUUUCAUACUGAAAUUCGGAUAUUGCGAUGCAUGGGAUUGUCAUACUUUAAUUGUGUAUUUUCCAACAAAAAAGAAACUGAAAAAUGGUGGCAAAAAAUAACUCCGUUAAUUGGACUUAUAAUAAUGAGUUUAUUGAUAUCUAUGGAAAUAAUGAAAAUCAUUCAAGUAAUAUCCAUCAGUAUUACUUAUGCGGCUGGAAUAUUUACCGCAAUGCUGUCAGGAAUGCUUUGUAUGUUUAAGGCAGUAAGAUGUUGGACUCAUCGAAAAGAACUUUUUGAUUUUUUACAACAACUCAAAGCUUCUUGGGAAUCAGCAUACUCAAAUAAAUUUUUAACCAAAGAUGAAUUAGACAGUGCGCGUUAUUCACGAUCAUUGAGAAAUUAUGUGAUGGUUUUAGUAUUUUCAUUAGCAUUUAGUUAUGCCUAUCCAGUUUAUGUAGGAAUUGUCAAACAUUUUGUAUACCAUCCAGAGGAAUACUUUUUUACAUUCUCACGAAUAAUGUAUCCAGUUAAGUAUCCGUUUAAGAUAAACACAUUUUCAAAAUAUUUCGCGUGUCUUUUCUUCGAACAAGUAUCGGAAAUUUUGGCUAUUGUUUAUUGGCUGUGUGGAGAUAUACUAUUCAUCCAAUUAACAACACAUGUUAGUAUUCAAUGCAAGGUAUUAAUAAAUAGAUUAAAUAAUUUCAAUAAGGAUAAUACUUCUAGUGAAGAAGAAAACUGUCAGCAAUUAAUAAAUAUUAUUUCACAACAUAAUCAAUUGUUUUUACUUUGUAAAUGGCUUCAAAGAUUUUUUAGUCCUAUUGCGUUCUUCGUUACAUUAAUUAAUGGAUUAAACCUCUGCUUUUCAUUAUAUCGAGUCGAUCAACAAAUUAGCCAGGGAAAUUGGAGUCAUCUCAUCGAAAAUACAAUACACUUGGUAAAUGUUUUUGGACAGACUCUUUUGUACUGCAAACAAGCUGACAUGCUAACUGAAAAACUUGGUGAAGUAAAUAAUGCAAUUUAUUGUUCUAAUUGGAUUCAAUUGAAUAAGAAAUUAAAACUGAUACUAUUAAUCAUGAUGAGACGGGCCCACAAAGAAUAUCGUUUUACGGUUUAUGGAAUUAUUACUCUUAAUCUUGCUCAAUUUUCAAAGAUUGUUAACACAGCGAUGAGCUACUUUACACUGCUAAGAAGUAUUGGUUGAUGCGAUGUUUUAUUGCCUGAACAAAACAAAAAAUUAAAUAGUUGCCUUUAUAAUUAAAUUGUAAUGAAACUGAUUUAUUAAAAUUGAUA